AUGACCGACGAGCACCAUUACAUGUCUCGCUCCCCACUCGCGAGGUCAGCAAUCGCUCGCGAUCUGGAAGAUUAUGCCGACGAUGAAGGCUCCAUGCUUACAAGCGAUGACGAUGCCUCCGAGACCUCCACCAUUCGCGCAAUCGGCAGUCAUCCAGGCACCAGAGCCCAUUCGUUGGCCGGCUCAUACCAACGGCCCAGCUUCUUCACCACGGUCUCGCGCGCCACCGUUGUUCCCUAUCGCCCUGAUCAGGAGGGACUAACCCGGCGGGAACGCGACCAAGCGAUCGAGGACGAGCGGGAUCUUCUUACGGACAACCAUUUCAUCGAACCGUCGAGGAGGAAGACUCGUCGCGCGCCUUCGGAGUCUGCACCAUCCACAGAAGAGACUGCGCUCCUUGGGGAGGGAUCUCGGGGCCCGCAGUAUGACUCGGUUGACUCUGAGGAGAUAGACCGGAAGUGGGAGGAAGCCGUCACUGCGGGACUGAUUCAAACAACGUGGAAGCGUGAGGCUCAGGUCAUUGGGAAGAAUGCGGCGCCACUGGUUUUCACCUUCUUGCUACAGUAUUCCCUGACGGUGGCUAGCAUCUUCACUCUGGGCCACCUGGGGAAGAAGGAAUUGGGCGCUGUCAGUCUAGCUAGUAUGAGCGCGAAUAUCACGGGUUAUGCCAUCUACCAGGGUCUUGCUACAAGUCUGGAUACACUCUGUGCCCAAGCCUACGGUUCCGGAAAGAAGAAGCUGGUGGGGUUGCAGAUGCAGAAGAUGGUCUUCUUCCUGUGGACGAUUAGCAUCCCCAUUGUUAUUCUCUGGUUCUUCGCGGACAAGGUCUUGGUCAGGAUCGUGCCAGAGAAGGAGGUGGCCAUGCUGGCUGGUCUGUAUUUGAAAGUGGUUGCAUUGGGUGCGCCGGGCUAUGCGUGCUUUGAAAGUGGAAAGCGGUUUGUGCAGGCGCAGGGCCUUUUUUCCGCUUCUCUUUACGUGCUCCUGAUCUGCGCUCCUCUCAAUGCAUUGAUGAACUAUCUGUUUGUCUGGCAGUUUGGGUGGGGCUUCGUAGGAGCACCCAUCGCUGUGGCCAUCACGGACAACCUGAUGCCGCUUUUCCUGUUCCUGUAUGUGUACUUCGUUGCUGGGUCCGAAUGCUGGAACGGUGUAACCAGGCGAGCACUGCGCAACUGGGGCCCCAUGAUCAAGCUGGCCCUUCCCGGUCUCCUGAUGGUUGAGGCCGAAUGUCUGGCCUUUGAGGUGCUGACUCUGGCCUCCUCGUACCUCGGGACCACCCCCUUGGCCGCGCAAUCCAUCCUGUCGACCAUCUCCAGUAUCACCUUCCAGAUUCCGUUCCCCGUCUCAAUCUCCGGGAGUACUCGUGUGGCGAACUUGAUCGGUGCCACCCUGGUCAACGCCGCCAAAACCUCCGCCAAGGUCACCAUGGUCGGGGCCGUGAUCGUCGGACUCCUCAAUAUGCUCUUCCUCUCUUCGCUGCGCUACUACAUCCCCCGCCUCUUCACAUCCGAGGCGGAAGUGAUUGAGCUAGUGGCCCAGGUGCUCCCUCUCUGCGCCGCGUUCCAGCUUUUCGAUGCCCUCGCCGCCAACUGCAACGGUAUCCUUCGCGGUAUUGGUCGGCAGGAGAUCGGCGGGUACGUGCAGCUCUUCUGCUACUAUGCGGUCGCCAUGCCCAUCAGCUUCGGGACGACCUUUGCUCUCAACUGGGGACUCUUUGGUCUCUGGAGCGGAGUGGCCCUGGCUCUGAUGCUCGUCUCUAUUAUCGAGGGAUUUUACCUGACGCAGACCAACUGGAAUCGUUCUGUUGAGGACGCCCUGAAGCGGAACUCUAUGAAUUGA